CACCUAUGGGGACAGCCGAAGAACCAUUUUGGAACCCUUUUUCUAAGAAUGUAGUCUAGAAGACUUAAAGAAGACAAAAUCCUCCUUUAUUUUCUGCUCUCUUUCUCCAUCCCCCCUUCCCCCCUUUCUGUCAGUGCACUGUGAGGCUAGUGGUACAGUUCUCCCAGUGGUCUAUAGAGCAAAGAUUGUGUUAGAGAACCUUCAGGGCAGCAUUGCUAUUGGACCUCCCAGGAUACUUUUAAUGGAGGGGUAGAGACAAAUAUAUAUAUGGCCUCCUGAGUGGCCCAGCGGUCUAAGGCAAUGUAUCUCAGUGCUAGAGGUGUCACUACAGACCCUAGUUCGAUCCCAGGCUGUAUCAUAACCGGUUGUGAUUGGGAGUCCCUUUGGGAGGCACACAAUUGGCCCAACGUUGUCCGGGUUAGGGGAGGGUUUGGCCGGGGUAGGCCGUCAUUGUAAAAUAAGAAUUUGUUCUUAACUGACUUGCCUAGUUAAAUAAAAUAAAUAACAAAUAUACAGUACCAGUCAAAAGUUUGGACACACCUGUUAAUUGAAAUGCAUUCCAGGUGACUACCUCAUGAAGCUGGUUGAGAGAAUACCAACAGUGUGCAAAGCUGUCAUCAAGGCAAAGGGUGGCUACUUUGAAGAAUCUAAAAUAUAUUUUGAUUUGUUUAACACUUUUUUUGGUCACUACAUGAUUCCAUUUGUGUUAUUUCAUAGUUUUGACGUCGUCACUAUUAUUCUACAAUGUAGAAAAUAGUAAAAAUAAAGAAAAACCCUGUAUGAGUAGGUCUCCAAACUUUUGACUGGUACUGUAUAUAUGUUUUAUUGUCACACACCAGAUAGGUGCAGUGAAAUGUGUUGUUUUACAGGGACAGCCAUAGUAGUACGGCAUAGGAGGUUGGUGGUACCUUAAUUGGGGAGGAUGGGCUCAUGUUAAUGGCUGGAGCAGAAUCAGUGGAAUGGUAUACAAAUACAUCAAACACAUGGUUUCUGUCCUCCCCUCAGCAGCCUCCACUGUAGUACAGCGCCCCUGGAUUAAAUUAGGGUUAAGUGCCUUGCUCAAGGGGGGCACAGACAGAUUUUCACCUUAUCGGAUCAUGUAUUCCAACCGCUAGGCUACCUGCCAGGACAUAAAGAAGGAUAGGACAACAGCCAUCUGAAUUCAGAGAAAAGUCAUGGAGCUAGUCUACCUACACAUCGGAGCCAAAAGUUACAUUCAGUUCAUUCAGCACCAUUCACUUUCUACUACUGGUGCAGGAAUAGGCCUACUUCUUGGAUAGGCUUGUGACUUAUCAGUGAAAUGUAUAUAUUGUUGCCCUUAUCUUUUUUCAUCCAGUUUUAAGCCACAACUGCUGCUCCUGUGGGGUCGCGACAUGUUUGCUUUGGAGGGAGGUGAAGGGUCAUGAGGGCAAGGAGUCCAGGUUUAAAUUGGCCUUUGAUUUGAGUGCUACUCUGAAGAGCCUUUUAGUGAUCUCUCCAUCCUUCCAUGAAAGACCGGCGGCAUGGCGGCUGGCGGGUCUGUCAGCUUGUUUUGGCAUGCCCUCUAAGGAGGGGAAGGCAGACUGUAAACAGGAGAAGUGUCCCCUGGUGUCUGAGGACUGUGCUCUGGUGGUCAAACAGACGGGAGCCUGCUGUGAGAGAUGCAAAGGUUGUCAGCUGGAUGGAGAGUCCUAUAAUAGUUCUGUCUCCUGGACCAGCUCCAUCAAGCCCUGCAUCUCUCGCCGCUGUCAGGAAGGUGUCGUAACUGAAGCGGAAGUACAAUGUGUCGUCCACUGCAGGAACCCCAAGAUUCACCCCAAGAAGUGCUGUCCAACGUGCCCGAGCUGUAUCUUGGAGGGCCGUCUGUACAAAGAGAGGGAAGAGUUUCACCCUGAGGGAAAACCCUGUAUUAAAUGCACCUGCACUGGAGGGCGGACCCUAUGCGUCAGGGAUGUGUGUCCUGUCCUCUCAUGCCCUGCCCACCUGAGCCACACUCAGCCCGGACAGUGCUGUCCCAAGUGCCUCGGUCAGAGGAAAGUGUUUGACCUGUCGAUGGGGAGUUGUCUGUUCCACAGUGAGGUCUAUGAGAACGGCACCUCCUUCAAGCACGACAACUGCACCACCUGUACCUGCAAGAAUUCCACUGUAGUGUGCAGGAAGCGCUGCUCUCGGCCAGGCAGUUGCCAUGGUGACCAGUGCUGUGGGGAGUGUCUAUCCUUCGUGGAGGUAGCGGAAGUGAAGUACUGCCGUGUCAGGAACAAGAUCUACCGGGAGGGAGACAUGUGGUCGUCUGUGAACUGCACCCUGUGUGCCUGUGUCAAGGGGGCCAUCGAGUGCCAGCCAAAGCAGUGUGUGCCAAUCACCAGCUGCCCCUCGAAUAAGAUCCUGAACAGGACAGGCUGCUGCCCGGUUUGCACUGAAAAGCCAGGUGUGUGCACCGUAUUCGGCGACCCACACUACAACACCUUUGACGGGCGCACGUUUAACUUCCAAGGAACCUGCCAGUAUGUUCUGACUCGAGACUGUGGUGGCGCCCCCUCUGGCGGGGGUGGAAACAGCGCCGGCUCUGACUCUGGCUUCACGGUUGUGGUGAGGAACGAUGCGAGGCGAACCCGCUCCUACUCCUGGACCCAGUCAGUGGAGCUGAGGAUAGGAGGGCUGAGUCUCAGCCUGCACCAGCACCUGACGGUGAGGAGGAACGGCACGCGCAUCGCCCUGCCCUACCAUGGUCCUGGGGUCCACAUCGACCUGGAUGGAUACCUGCUCAAACUCACCACCAUCGCAGGUCUGGAGAUCACGUGGGACGGGGACAGCUUCGUGGAGGUGGUGGCUGCUCCUCACCUGCGCGGUCGUCUCUGCGGCCUCUGUGGGAACUACAAUGGACACAAGCGGGAUGACACCAUGGGCAGCGACGGCCUCUUCAAGUUCGUGGUCGAUGAGUUUGCAGAGUCGUGGCGCGUGGAGGGGAACGAGGUUUGUGCCCAGCCCCUCAGGAGGCCCACCUCGUACCUCUGUCCCGGCAGUGUAAAGGUCAAGUUCCGCGCUCACAGGGAGUGUCAGAAGCUCAAGUCCUGGGAGUUCCAGAAGUGUCACCGGGUGGUGGACUUUGCCUCCUUCUAUAGGUCCUGUGUAACAGACAUGUGUGAGUGUCCGGUGCAUAAGAACUGUUACUGUGAGUCCUUCAUCGCCUACAGCCGGGCCUGUGAGAGGGAGGGAGCCCCCGUCUACUGGAAGCCAGAGGCUGCCUGCAUGGCGACCCAGUGUAAACACGGAGCGGUGUACGACACCUGUGGCCCGGGCUGCACCAAGACCUGUGACAACUGGAAUGAGAUCGGGCCCUGCCACAAGCCCUGCGUUGCCGGCUGCCACUGCCCAGCCAACCUGGUGCUGUUCCAGGGCCGCUGCAUCAAGCCCAUAGCCUGCCCUGGCCGGUGACCCUAGUGCCCCAGGGGAAGGGGGCUGAGAGAGGGCCAAACAACCAACACUGCCUAGCACUCAGGGUCCAUACCUGGGGGAGUGAGGAGUGGGGGGGGGAACAUGGGGUUGAGUGUGGGGGGAUGAAUAGAUGUGCAGACAGGCAACGAUGGACUGAAGGGGUUCUCAGAAGACAGGUAGGUCAGGUAGAGGCCUCGUCCACUCUGAGGGAGAUAGAUACCGACCAUCACAAACUGGGGUUUGGAACUCCGCUGUUGGUUGCUCUUACUCGUCCAGCACUACCUUGUGUUUUCACAGGAUGGUGCCCAUGUUGUCAUUCAAAUGGGAUAGGAAUCUGGAGGGAAACAUCACCCUUGUAGUUAAAAGAGGAAGAGACCCUUUAGGAAAGCCUUUGUGGCUACGCUUCUUUAGUUACUGGACCCUCAAGGGACAUUCAUCCAGACUGCCAUGGAUCUUCAGGAAAAGGGUGGGGCUGGCUCUGUGUUGAGCCAAUAUGGCCUCAGUGUUUCACUCUGUUGCAGCACACAGACAUUCAAAACCAGGAAACCAACCAAUGCAUCUUGAACAAGCAUGUUCACCCUGCCAGCAUAAGGGAUAAAUUCUACAAUGAACAUAUUGAACCCCCAGGUCUAACUUGCAUAGGAUUAUUUUAUACUGUAAACUAACAAGAUUUGUAUAAAAACAGAUAGCUUUUUGUAUUAUUAUUAAUGUUAUUUCUUUGUUGUUGAUAUUGUUAAUUUAUAUAUCGAUCAAUUGAUAUGUUGUAGCAAGAGCCAGAAUCAUAAAUCUAAUUUCAUUAUAAAUGAUUUAAAGGGAAAAAAAGCUAUUUAUGUAUUUGUUGUUUAGUUUGUGUAAUUGUGUCUUGUGUGAAGAGAAAUGCCCAUAUGUGACUCAGUUGUUGCACCAUCGCAGGGAAGAAACGUACUGUAUUUUUAAAUGCUCAGUGUACAGGUUGCUGUGUGUUGAUUCUCAAACUGAAGGUGUUCCUCGAGACGUACAUUUCACUUGACCUUGUAAGUUAUUAUUUAAGACCAGCAAUAUAUAAUUUCCAUGAAACUCA